AUGGUGUCCGAAACUUGGGAUCCAAACGCAACCUCUUUCCCUCUCCUCAAAGACCUUCCAGAUAUUCCAGAUGCUCCAAAUUCCGCCUCCUGGUUCUGGGGUCCCGACGAUAACCUUGGACGUAUCAACCUCCUCACUCCCAGUCGUGUUAAAGCCGCCGCUGCAGAGAUCAAGACUGGACAGAUUGUCCGCACAGACUUGCCUUUGAACGUUCCUGCUCAGCCAGCUUUCGGACGGCAAGCUUUCAAGCAUCAGAUCAAAGCGUUGAGUCCGGGCUAUGCGUACGACGAUACGUAUGAACUAAACACGCAAAGUGGAACGCAGUUUGAUGGCUUUCGACAUGUAGCUGAUCCGGAGACUGCUUACUUCUACAACUGGACGACGGCGAAGGAUAUCGCGGGAGAGGAGGGAGAGAAAAAUGAGAAGUGUGGCAUGAAUCACUGGGCGGCUCAUGGAUUCGCUGGGAGGGGAGUACUCCUCGACUACCGCUCAUACGCCACCUCCCAAGGUAAGACGUACGACUCUGCUACCUCUCACGCCAUCACGUACGCGGAUCUACUCGCAACCGGCAAACACCAAGGUCUGGACAUUCGACCGGCCUCUCAAGGCGGCGAUAUACAAAUCGGCGACAUCCUCUUCGUCCGAUCUGGCUUCGUGCAAGAUUACCAUUCCCGCUCGUCCUCCGAGAACGAAGCUCUCGGUCUUCGGGCCUACGCUCCGUCCGGCGAUGCUGACAAGAUCCAAUGCUGGGCUGGACUGUCCUCGGAGGAGGAAGUGCGGACCUGGCUGCAUGACUGCUACUUCACCGCUGGACUGGGUGACUCGCCAACAUGGGAAGUGUUUCCUCCGCCUGCGAAGGGAGCUCUGCAUGGGUUCAUGUUGGCAUGUUGGGGUAUGCCGAUUGGUGAGAUGUUGGACUUGGAGAAGAUGGCGGAGGUCUGUAAGAGGGAGGAGAGGUGGACUUUCUUCUUUACGGCGGGUACGCCAAAUUGCCCGGGUGGAGUGGGAGGCCAUGUGAACGGUACGGUAGUGUUUUGA